AUGUCCACAGAAUCCCAGUCACUCAAUGCUCCUUCAGAUGCUCUCAAGGCAUAUGCUGCCUACCCAUUUGACACAGACGAAAACUACCAGCAAGGUCUAGCUAGUAUCCUGUCGGGAGGAACUUACGACACCUCAUCGUCUCAGGAGGUCCGAGAUGAAAUGAUAAGACGCACCCGAGUGUUUUAUUUCAACAAGAUAACCGGAAGUUCAAUCACCUUGGAGCAAGUCCGUGAAUUUGAACUUGCAACCCCUGCAGAUUCUGCCAACGACGAUGAGACCCGCGUUUUGACCUUUGCAGAGCUCAAAGAGUUGAUAGAAUCAGGCAAUGUCGACAAGAUACCAAAUAACAAAAUCAUCCCGGAUCGGCUGAACGAUGCUCCUCCUAGUCAGUCCAACGCCCCACUACCCAAGAAGCCUUGGGAAAAGGCGGCAGCAACCAAUUCGUCGUGA